CGAACCCACACAACCGCCGUUUGUGGCCUCCGAGUCAGUCGCUCCUUCACUCCACCAUGACCACCUUAACGGAAAUAACUGAUCUCUUCGCCAGGCUCGCCGUCCACCUGAAAAUCCCAAACGACACGUCGUUUCCUCCUCGCACUUCCAAAGAAGACCUAGACGACGCAGCUCUGGAUCUCUCGAUUUCCGAGCUGAACCAAUCUCUGAACCCCAACGGCGAUUCUAGGGUUAGGGUUUUGGACACGGUCCUAUCUCUGAUGUGCUUCAAAGCUCCCAAGGUUUUCGAUUCGGAGAUUGAGUAUUUAGUGAAUACAAUUGCUGCGGUGUUGUUGUCUUCCGUUCGUUGCAAGGUUUUUCGGUAUCCGAAAGACGAGAUUUUGCUGAUUGGGAGCUCGAUUUCUCAGCGGGAUUGCGGGCAUUUGAUCGAAGCUUGUGCUGAUGUUCUUGAGAAAUUGGAGGGACGUGGUAAGCUUUCGGAUUCGUUAUUAUGUGCCAUUGUAAGAGUUGCAAGUUCUGCAUCUUUGUACCGGCACCAGUCAAUGCUCGUUCUUGGAGUAAAAUCAGCGGAUGCAAAAAAUACCGUGAUCUCAAAGCUGCUCUGUCACUUGCCCAGAGAAAAAUUCCUUGAAAACAAAAUUCCGUUCAGGCUGCUAUUGUGGUAUCUUGACCCGUUACUUUUGAAGCACGAUAUUUCAAACAUUUUGCAAGAAACCAUGGAAAGGCCAUUCCUUUGUUUGAGUAGGGAAUUUCAUGAGAAUAACGAUUGGCGCUCCAUAAUCACAUCGUUGGUACUUUCGCCCAUUAUGUUUGUUGAGGCAAGAGCUUUGUUGCACCGGUGGUUUCUGGUGACGGGUCUAGCAUCUGUGCUUGAGCUUCUAAUUCAGUUGGUUUUGAUGACAUUAGACGUGGUUUCAACACCAAUGUUCUGGGGCAUAUCAGCUGAAGUGGGAGCAAAGUUGCCAUUUUUGAAUGCUUAUUUUCCGUACAACCAACUGUUGUUAAGGACCUUGGCUGGACCCCUCUCCUACGAUGGUCUCCAACAGUUAGUGCACUACACAAUGGACCCAGUCCCUUGUGCCCAGAAACAACUUUAUCCGACUUUUAAGCCGCCUGCAGUGAAGGUUGCAACAAUCGAUCACAAAUCUAUCUGGUCUCUGGCCAUCAACUUCCCAGAUUGGUUCUACCUUGCUUCUGCAUUGCUCUUCUCAGAGAAAAGUACUCAUGACAGUUGUCAUCCCGAAUGCAUAUUGGCAGCAUCCAAAGUUGGAGAAACACACGAGGAGCUUCCUUAUGGUUCUGCAGCGAGGUACCUUGCCUGGAUUUUGAGUCCUCUUAGUAAAUCUCACCACGGUUCGCUGGCUGAUUGUUUAGUUAAAUCAUCAGAGUCUUCGGCUUUAAAGCAGUUUGGAUCUGGUUCACAUGACAAGGAAAUACAUGGCUACAAGAAGAAACUCAAGAAACCGAAAUUGUGUGAAGAGGAAUCUACUUCCAUUAUAGUCUGGCUCAACGGAUUCAAUAAUAUAUACACAAGGUAUUGCAAUGAAACAAGUGAAACGAAACUGUCUUGUGGUCUUAAUCUGCCGAAAAAUGUCUUGUUUCGGAGAAUCCCGCUAGGCAUCUUGCUCGGUUGUCCCCAUCGAAUCAACGAAGAUGAAUGUGAAUUGCUGCUGCAUUAUGCCGCAAAUGGUAGAAUUUUUCAGUCAAGGGAAACCAGGACUACUGGAUUGAAGCAUGUAAAAUGGAGCUCCAAAGGGCAUACGAACUUAACUACAUGGAGUGAUGAAUGUAGUGAAAAGGAGGCUUCGGCAGGUGCCUGUCUAGUCUUCAGUUUAACCGAUAUCAUUGAAAGUCUGUCUGCUUCGCUGUUUGAGACCGAAGAGGCUGGCGCAGACUUUAUCUGCCAGGUGAAAAUGCAGGUCAGCAAAUACUUGAUAAAAUGCAUCAAGAGGCUAAUCCAACUCAAAAUUGACAAUGGAAACUGGGAGGUAAUGGAUCUCCGCCGUAGAUUGGAGAAGUGGAGGCAUCAGGGACAAGAACUACCAGAACUCAACAAAGACUUAAACGAUGUCAUUCCAUUCUUGAUUUAGCGAAUAUGUUCUGUUUCAUGAAUGGGGAAAAGACUACGCAAAGCAGCAGUUCUUCGAUACAGAACCCCAGUGCAUCCGCCUUGCCUCAUCAGCGUUCAUCUUGGGUCGAAAUUUUGGGGUCUUUUCCUGGUGCUCACGAUGAUGUCAAACGGAUCUUGGAGCGGGGAUCUGAGAAAACAUACAUGUUUCUCUCUGUUGUACUAAAAAUAUUUACAUAGAAUGAAGUAGGGGACAAGUAUUCUCGUCAAUCAAACAAAUAUUUUGAAUCAAA